UCUCUAGGAGUCCGCGACAGAAUUUCCGUUGGUGAGCUCCGUUCGCCCGCCACUUCCGCUUGCGCCAUUGUUAUUCCAGCAGCUGGUGUCUGGAAGCUGCUCGGCUCAGGUGUCUUCGGCGUUCCCCUUCGUUGAAGCGCAUCUGUGCUCAACAGUACCUUCAAAGGUGGGAGGCCUGAGGUCCUUCCUUUUCAACAGUUUCUUCUUCCAGGGGUUGGUGCCAGCACCAGAUCGGGAUGAUUGAAGUGGUUUGCAAUGAUCGUCUGGGCAAGAAAGUGAGAGUGAAGUGCAAGUAUCCAAGAUGCAGAAGUGUCUACCUGGGGGAGGCUGCUUGGUGCUGUGAUGACACCAUCAGGGAUCUGAAAAAGCUCAUUGCUGCCCAGACUGGCACUCGCUGGGACAAGAUCAUGCUUAAAAAAUGGUACACCAUUUUCAAGGACCAUGUGUCACUGGCUGACUAUGAAAUCCAUGAUGGUAUGAACCUAGAACUGUACUACCAGUAGCUUGGUCAUGUCAGCCUUUACCUUUCCAGUGGAUUUCUGUUAAUUUCUCAUUUGUCUGACAAUAUUAAUUGCUAUUUCGUGGUGUGAAGUUUGCUUAGUAGUAUUUUAUCCCUGAGGCAAUAAACCAGAAAACCUGUA